GCAUGCUCCCGGACCUUUCAUGCCCUUUUGAAACCCUGAGUGGCCUUGACUCAGAUGAAAUUCAGGCGACCGCUUAUGAGAUAUUCUUCACGUCAUGCAGGUCGUCUCCGGGCUUUGGAGGUCGAAACGCCAUUCAGUUUUACUCCUCCGAUGGGGACAACGACUCCAAGACCAGUCGUUUCAAAAGGGCGGUUGGAUUGAGGAUGCUUAAACGAUCUCUCUCUUCUCGGAGAACCAACUCUAAUAAUAAUAACAAUAAUAAUAAUCCCGGAGCCGGAGGAGUUGGCUUCUCUGGGAGGAGGCCUAGACGCCCAUUGACGUCUGCAGAGAUCAUGAGAGAGCAGAUGAAUGUGUCCGAGGCAAGCGAUAAUAGGCUUCGUAAGACCCUCAUGAGAACCCUCGUCGGCCAAUCGGGGAGACGUGCAGAGACGAUAAUCCUCCCACUAGAGCUCAUUCGACAUCUAAAGCCAUCCGAAUUCGAUGAUUCAAACGAAUAUCACAUCUGGCAGAAGCGUCAACUCAAGGUCCUUGAGGCAGGGCUCCUCCUUCACCCAUCCAACCCCUUGGACAGAACCAACAACUUGGCUGUAUGUCUUGGAGACAUUAUUAAUAGCAGCCGUGAUAAACCUAUCGACAUCGGAAAAACCUCAGAGACCAUGAGGAACCUAUGUCAUUCUGUUGUUUCUUUGGCAUGGAGAGGUGUGGAUGGCUCCACCACCGACGUCUGUCACUGGGCUGAUGGUUUCCCUUUCAACGUCAAUCUCUAUGCUUCCCUACUACACUCUGUCUUUGACUUGAAAGAGGAGACAUGUGUCCUUGAUGAGGUGGAUGAGCUGCUGGAGCUUAUGAAGAAGACAUGGACCACUUUGGGGUUCAACAAACCCAUGCAUGAUUUAUGUUUCACUUGGGUACUUUUCCAACAGUAUGUUCGGACUGGACAAUUGGAGACCGAUCUGCUUAGUGCCUCCCUCACCAUGCUCACCGAAGUCGCUAAUGAUUCCAAGAAAGUCGACAAAGACCCUGUCUAUGUUAAGAUGUUGUCAUCAGUGUUGACGUCAGUGACCGUGUGGUGUGAGAAGCGCUUGAUGGAUUACCAUGGAAGUUUCACAACUGGGGCUCUGGAGCAUAUUCUUCCUUUGGUUUUCUCGGCCACUAGAAUUCUGGAAGAAGAUGUACCCGGUUAUACGAUAGACAGAGGUGACGUUUCUGCGGGAAAUAGAGUUGAUCAAUACACCAGAUCCUCUUUACAGAAUGCUUUCUCCAAGAUGGUAGAGAAUGGAAUCCAUGUGAUAAGUAGAAAAAUGUCAUUCCAACAAGUGUGCGAAACACUUGUUCGAUUGGCACAAGAAACAGAGGAAUUGGCGUUUAAGGAAAAGAAUAGUUUUAGCAUGGUGUUGAAGAAAUGGCACCCGAUAUCAACUGGAGUUGCAGCGGCGACUCUGCACUCAUGUUAUGCAGCUUUGUUGAAGGAAUUCUUGACAUGCAACUCUGACAUUACGAAUGAGAUGCUCACAGUCUUGCAAAGGGCAGAUAAGCUUGAAAAGGUUUUAGUUAACAUGGUGGUCGAGGACUCUGUUGAAUGCGAGGAUGGGGGUAAGGCAGUUGUUAGGGAAAUGGUUCUUUAUGACGUUGAUUCCAUCAUUGUCAAGUUUUUGGGACAUUCGGUUAAUGGGAGGCUCAAGAAAAUCAAGGUUGUUCUUAAUAAAGCUAAAGAAACUGAAACAUGGAAUCCCAAGUCGAAAACGGAACCUUAUUCACAAUCAGCCGUAGAGCUAAUGAAGCAGGCUAGGGAAGUUGUGGUUUCCUUUUUCGACAUCCCGAUUGCUAUUUCCGAAGAUUUGGUUCAUGAAUUUGCUGAUGGGAUUGGGGAGAUAUUAAAGGAUUAUGCUGCUUUCGUUGGGUCAUGUGGUUCAAAACAGAACUACAUUCCUACACUCCCGCCCCUAACACGAUGUAGCCGAGACUCAAAGUUGAUCAAACUUUGGAAAAAGGCAACUCCUUGCACAGUAGCAAGUUUGACACCGUAUCAUCUAGGAUUAGGAUUAGGAUUGGGAUUGGGAUUGGGAUUGGGGUUGGAGGAAGAGGGAAACAAUACGCGGCCUUCAACUAGCCGUGGAACGCAACGCCUCUACAUCCGCCUCAACACUUUACACUUCAUUAUUUCCCAGCUCACUCCCCUUGACAAGUGUCUCCUCUCACAUUCCUCUAGAAUUAUUCCUUCUCAGAAAAACCACCACCAUGCUCACUUUGAACACACACGAUCUGCGAUUUUGGGUGCCGCUCAACACGUGUCUGAGGUUGCAGCCUACAGACUGAUGUUCCUAGAUUCCAACUCGGUUUUGUAUGGAAGCUUGUAUGAAGGCCAUGUGGUGAAUGCCCGAAUCAGCCCGACUCUCAAAGUUCUGAAACAAAACCUGACGCUGUUAUGUGCUAUUGUCACAGAGCGUGCUCAACCUUUGGCAGUAAAAGAGGUAAUGAGGGCCUCCUUUGAAGCCUUCCUUAUGGUUCUGAUUGCAGGAGGAAGCGCUAGAAGUUUCACCAGGGCCGAUCACGAGAUGAUUGAAGAAGACUUCAAGCAUCUGAAGCAGGUGUUUGGAGAAGGGGUUCUAGAGGGGGAUGUGGUGGAAAAGGAGGCUGAGACGGUCGAAGGAGUAGUUGACUUGAUGGGGAAGUCAACAGAGCAGUUGGUGGAGGACUUUACUAAGUUAGCUUGUGAAGCUAGUGGCGUUGGAACAGGACAGACGCUGCCUAUGCCUCCCACAACAGGCAAGUGGAGUAGCAGUGAUCCUAACACUAUAUUGCGUGUAUUAUGCCAUCGGAAAGAUCGUGUUGCAAACUUAUUCUUGAAAACAACUUUUAAUCUAGCAAAGCGAGCCUGAACACAACAUACCAUUUCUGA